AUGGCAGGAACGAAAAUCCCAGAUUUGUCGCUGAAUUCAGGACACAAAAUGCCAGUUAUAGGCAUGGGAACUUCAGUUGAGAAUUGUCCAUCAAAUGAGACCCUUGCUUCUAUCUAUGUUGAAGCCAUUGAGGUUGGUUAUCGCCAUUUUGACACUGCCUCUGUGUAUGGAACAGAGGAAGCCAUAGGCUUAGCUGUUGCCAAAGCCAUGGAGAAAGGCCUCAUAAAGAGUAGAGAUGAAGUUUUCAUCACUUCAAAGCCUUGGAACACAGAUGCACACCGUGAUCUUAUUAUCCCAGCUCUCAAGACCACAUUAAAAAAGCUGGGGAUGGGGUAUGUGGAUCUCUAUCUGAUUCAUUGGCCAGUGAGGUUGAGAAUCCAACUGUUUUUUUCCAAGGAAGAUUUGCUGCCUUUUGAUAUAGAGGGUACAUGGAAAGGUAUGGAAGAGUGCUACAAUUUGGGAUUAGCAAAGUCUAUUGGCAUAUGCAAUUAUGGCAUCAAAAAACUCACCAAAAUCUUGGAAAUAGCCACAAUUUCUCCUGCAGUCAACCAGGGAAUUCAUGUUAGUGCUUGGUCAGCUCUCGGUGCUUACAAGAUAUUUUGGGGUUCAGGAGCUGUCAUGGAGAAUCCAAUCCUCCAAGACAUAGCAAAGGCGAAAGGGAAGUCCAUAGCUCAAGUUGCACUUAGAUGGGCGUACCAACAAGGGUCAAGUGCCAUGGCUAAAAGCACCAACAAGGAGAGGAUGAAGCAGAACCUGGACAUAUUUGAUUUUGAGUUGAGUGAAGAGGAUCUGGAGAGGAUUAGUCAGGUUCCACAGCGCAGGCAAUACACAGGGGACAUGUGGCUAUCUGAAAAUGGGCCUUACAAGACCUUGGAAGAACUUUGGGAUGGAAAAGUUUGA